AUGACACUAGAAGAUGUGGCUGUUAUUCUUGGUCUUCUGAUAAACGGUCUUCCAGUGACAGGAGUGACUAUUAGUAGUUUUAAAGGCUUAAAGGCUGAGUGUUUGCACCAAUUUGAGGUUGCACUGAGAAAGUCAGACUGUAGAGGAAGCUUCAUAAAAUUGACGUGGAUUCGGGAUUUAAAAGAAUGUUUACAGUUGAUUGGCAAAAAUAGUAUUCAGAGGUACGUAAAGUGCCAUAUUAUGUCGUUAUUUGGUACGAUCCUGUUUGGAGAUAAGUCUGGGGCAUCUGUGCACUGGAAGUUUCUGCCUUUGCUUCGUGAUUUUAGCAGUAUCGGACAGUAUAAUUGGGGAUCGGCAUGCGUAGCACACUUGUACAGGGCAUUAUGCAGGGCAUCUCGUAUUGACUACACGGAAAUCGAUGGUCCACUAACACUUUUGCUAGCUUGGGCUUGGAUUCGUCUACCAUAUCUUGCGCUAAUUCCUAGGGAACGUCGUAGUUUUUCGCUUGCUAACAGGUGGCGUAACUGGGAGCGUAGAGACCGACGCUAUAGAUAUCUUAGUCUUGCUCACUUUAAGAAGUUAUUAGAUGAUCUUCAGGAAGGCCAGUUUGUGUGA